AUGACGCUUACCACUGAGAGCGGUUUGAAGGUGAGUCCACCACCAUCUCUCUUACCUGACCUCCACUCUCCCCAAAGAUCUUCUCCAAGAUCUCCAGUCGUCUCCAGACCCAGAGUCUUCUUUCUACGAUUUUUCGUGGCCAACUCCAGGAGGACGCGGUGGUUGGUGGUAUUUCGGUUGAGUUUCUUUUUAACGCCGACGCAGACUACCACCAAGUCCUCUUUGACCUCAUCUGCCGCUGCACGCUUUCACCGGCUCUCGGUGGCAUGGGUCAGGCCUGUGUCCUCCUCGAUACAGAAACGACCUUCUCCAUGCUGGAGUUCGGCACCUUCAUUGACAGGCAUCUGGCGACCAGCCAGGUUUCCUGCCGCGAAGAAAUUAUCAACAGGGUAGGCGCGUCUGCUCUUGACCUCCCCCCUCUCUCCCUCGGAAUAUUCUAGAUUCUGGACUCUGUUUAUGUGGUGUCUGCGCGCACUGUGUCUGAGUGCAUCCUCGGCCUUUGGAGUAUCAGGGACUUGUUAAAACGGACGCCAACAAUCUCCCUUCUUCUCAUCGACUCCAUUUCUGCUUGUUUUGGUCCCUAUCUGCCACGCAAAGAUUGGGCCGCCAGCCAGACUGUCUUCUUCGAUAUGCUGAGCCACUUGACCGAUCAUUUUAGGCUUUCGUCAGUAGUUUGUCGUCUACUGUCCAGCGAUCAGGUAGUAUUGGUCAUUUAAGACAUUUUCAUCUGCCUAUUUUUGGUGUGUUUAGGAGGAAAAAGAGGCAGGUGAGAAGCUGCAACAACAAGCAGAGUCCAGUGGCCCAGCAUUACCCGACUCCACCGCGGUCUUCAGACCCGCGUUACGGGUAACCUUCCCGAAGGGAGAUUACAGAGGCAGUUGCAUCCCAGUGCGACUUCAUCGUGAGGGUUCCGGUGCUAAGGACGGCGUUUAUCACUGCCUAACCAGUUCUUCCGGCUGUUGA